AAAUCUGACAGUGACAUAGCGGUUCUCUAACCUGUCAAAAAAUAUACAAAUAUCAUUAUUCAUCGCUUGGUAAGAUUUCUGAGUUCCAUAUUUUUUAGUGAAAAUAUUUUAAAAUGUCUAGAGGAAGCAGUGCAGGAUUUGAUCGCCACAUAACUAUAUUUUCACCUGAGGGUCGACUGUAUCAAGUUGAAUAUGCUUUUAAAGCUAUUAAUCAAGCCGGUCUAACUUCAGUAGCAGUAAAAGGAGUGGAUACAGCAGUUUGUGUAACACAAAGAAAAAUUCCUGAUAAACUAAUUGACGCCAAUACCAUUACCCAUUUAUUUCAACUCACGGAUUCUAUUGGAUGCGUUAUGACUGGUAUGAUUGCCGAUAGCAAGUCGCAAGUGCAAAGAGCUAGGUAUGAGGCUGCUCAAUUUAAAUAUAAGUUCAAUUACGAAAUGCCACUAGAUGCUUUGUGUAGAAGAGUAGCAGACAUUUCCCAAGUAUACACGCAAAAUGCUGAAAUGAGGCCCUUAGGUUGUUCUAUGGUCCUAAUUGGAUAUGAUAAUGAAAUUGGACCGUGCGUUUACAAAGCAGAUCCAGCUGGAUAUUAUUGUGGAUACCGAGCUGUAAGUGUCGGUGCUAAACAGACGGAAGCUAAUAGUUACUUGGAAAAGAAAUUAAAGAAAAAGCAAGAGUUGCAGCAUGAUGAUGUUAUUCAGUUAGCUAUUAGUUGUCUGUCAAGUGUCCUAUCAGUGGACUUUAAGCCUUCAGAAAUAGAAGUUGGAGUUGUAUCAAAGGAUGAACCAAAAUUCAGAAAAUUAACAGAACAAGAGAUUGAUAGACAUUUAACUGCUAUUGCUGAAAAAGAUUAAUCAAAACAUUUUAAUUUAUCUCAUUAAAUUUUUUUUAUAUAACAUUGGAUUGGUUUAAUUACAAUAUACUUAUUUAGGUAAUAAAUAUUAAGCUACUAAU